CUGUGUGUUGUGUUGCUGUGCAGUGUGUUUGUUUUGGUGCUCACUUGCAGGCAGAGGUUGGUCUCUCAUUCCCAAUAUAGAAAGUCACUCUUGGGUUUGUGCAGCAGUGGCACCGGUGGUAAUCCUGGAUUUCCUCUAAUCUUCCGGCUCCUCUGCCACCUACAAGCUCAGCCUGCACCUCCAGAAAUAAACCUAGCAUCUAACCAGGAGGCGCUGUGUUGUUAUCACGACUCUACAGUUUGAUAGACCAGCAAAUCAGUGUCACGUUCAUUCUCUUUGAAAAAACGUAAAAUGGGUUUUUCUUUUAACAACACUGAUUUUCUUUUUAAUUAGUUAACCGGCUCAGUGGCACAGCUUGGCCUUUUCACAGGGUUUCCUGCACGUGUCAUGGCCUCUGUGGGCUAAAGUUAACCUGGACUGUUUCUGUGAAUUUAUGACUUUAUGUGACUUUGAGAGAACAGUCAUUGAUCAUAGCAGAGAAAAUAUGUCUACUAUCAACCAAUCAAUUAGUCAAAAUGCAGUAUUCACAUUAAUACAGAUAAAUACUCAUCAUUCCUGAUAAGAACAUAAACAGCAUUGAAUUUACAAAUUAAAAAGAAACUAUUCAAAUACGGAAUGUAAUUAUUUUUCUUUCUAUCUUCACAGAUCAGUCAGAUAUUGCUGACUAAAAUGUAAAAUUUAAUUUCUGGCAAUGGAUGUAGUUUCCCCCCCAAAAAAACCCUCAGACUCCCCAAAACAAUAUCUGCUCCCCAGUACUUGGAAAGUCAGUCACAGCAUCCUUCUGGCUCAGCUGCCACCCCUACAUCACAGAAAGAACAGUAAAUCCCCUCAGCGCAUCAGAGUGGCGUGCAGGGGCGGACUGCUGAAUCAACAGCAAACUGGUCCAACGAUACCCCGCACCCUCCGCAGUGUUUAAAAAAGUGCUCUCUGCUGCUAUCGCACAUCUCCUUGGGAAUAAAUUUCCAAUUUCAAUUUCCAUGAACAAGAUGUAUUGACUCACACACAUCAGAAAAUCCUUUUACUGUGCAAUAUUUUUUGCCUGAUUCUACUUUGUUUCCAUGUUUGCUACUGCUGUAUGGUCUUGUGUAUGGGUGCUGUUUCUCUCCUCCUCCUCCUCUCCCAAUAAUAGCUCAGAGUAUCUAAUAAUGAGCUCUCUGUGGAUUUUGAGUGCAGAGCUGUGAGGGAAGUUCUGCAGUGCUUCUCUCUCUCUCCCCACACAUACAUACCUUUUUUUUGCCACCUCUCAUAAAUUAGCGCUUUCUGCUCUCUCAUCGAUUUGUGGGGGCGACAGGAGCUCAGUCAGCUGCAGUUUGGGCUCCUACUUCUGACAGAAUGAGUGCCAGCGUAUUAAAGCUGCUUUAUUAUCGUACCACAGGGCAUCGGCCUCGCUCUCCAGCUGCCAGCAUGAUGAAAGACUGCCUGCAGUUCCUUAUUGAACCAGCCAAAAAGCUCAAAAUCAGACUCAAGGAGUCUCGUAAGAGAGUUAAACUUGAGAAAAAGGAGCCUCUGGUGGAAAGUCAGUUAUUUAUUAUGGAACUGGCACGAGAACUCAACAGAAUUUGCCAAAGGUCGAACGUCCUUGGUCACAUCUGGACCAGUGAGGACAUCUGGCCAGCAAGUGUGUGCCGGGAUUUCAUCGUUGAAUGGGCUGCUGUGCUGGAGAAGAAAGUACAGACAAAGAUCAUCCCAUCUGACUACCAGUAUGAGAAGCCAGAGAAGAAGGACUGGAAGGGACACCUCCUCUGCAUGCUGGAGUCUGGGGGCGAGUACGACAUGGGACCCUACAAAAGGGUCAUCAUGGAUUGGACACGUGACAUUAAAAGCCGACCUCAGCCCACUGUGUGGCCAGGGGAGCCAGUGCUCAUGAUGCUGGACGACCUGGAGUUCCAGUGGAAGAGGGGCCGCCUGCCCAGCCUGCUCCCAGCCAUGGAGCUCGUCAUACUGGCCGUGAUGAAUGCUGACAGCCCCAUGAAGGAGGACGUGACGAAGCAGUGGCUGGUGAAAAAGCAGAGGAACCAGCGAGUCGAUGCUGCCCGCUACAUCCCCCACAGUGUGUGGAACUGGAUUUGCGAUGCAGCAGAGGACGUCACCCUGGACUCAGAAUCUGCCCACCCAGACCUGCUCGUCUCCAGUGAUGAAAAGCGUAUGAGGUGCGGCCUGGAGCGCCGUGACGUGCAGCGGAGCCAGCAGCGCUUUGAUGGCUGGUGGUGUGCUGUGGGUCAGGAGGGCUACAUCUCUGGACGCCACUACUGGGAGGUGGACGUGGGGGAGAGGGACUGGAGACUGGGCGUGGCCAAAGCAUCUGCAAUGAGGCAGGGCUUCCGUUCACUCAACACCGAUACAGGCUACCUAACCCUCCGUCUGGAGAGAGGCACAGAUCUAAAAGCCCUGACUGUGCCCACUACUCCCUUACAACAGAGCCUGGUUCCCAGGAAAAUUGGAGUGUAUCUGGACUAUGAACAGGGCCAGCUGUCCUUCUAUGAUGUGGAGAAGCGCUCGCACCUCUUCACCUACAAUGAGAACUUCACGGAGGAACUGUAUCCAGUGUUUGGGACUGUGGAGGUGGUCAAAGACCUGGUGAUCAGGCCUGCAGAUGUCAGACAGCUGUGCCUCUGCCCUGGGCCCUGCCUCUGGACCUGAACUGCUUAACACUCUGAUCACUCUUCAGUCCUGAUGCUCAGCAGCUCAUCGAGUCUGCACUUUUAGUCUGGUGAAUUUCAAUGUUAUGGACUAAAAAUCUGACUCUCUCUUUGAGUUGCUUCAGGAGCAAGAACCACCAUUUUUUCUGCAUUACCCUUUCUGUUACUCUGCCUUCAUGGAGAUGUACAGUAUUUGACUAUUUGUACUUAAAAGAUGAAUGUUUUAAUAGUGUCAGGUGGAAACCUCAAAAACAGCCUUGUUUUAGCUGUUUUUUCACACUGUCCAGUAUGAGAUGUAUGAUAUGAGAUGAGAUGUAGAAAUCCAAAACUUCAGUUGGAAGACUUUCAUGCCACACAAUGAUAUGGAAAUGUACAUUUUUUAUUAGUUUUUUUAUUACUUGUAGAUGAAAAACAGAUUUCACAAAUGCAAUAUCGUGAAGGUGCUGUGAAGGAUGUGUGACCAGCAACAUAGAGCCUGAGCCCAGUCAAACAGGCAUAUGAUUACAGACUGGCCUGAUGCAUGUGAAUAGUUAAUUCCUACUGUUUGAUUCUUUGUCUCAAGCUUCCUGUAAACAUUUGUCAGGCAUGAGCUUGUUUCUGCAGCUGUGUUUUUGUUUGUGUGUGACAUAAAGAUGUCAACGCUUCUGUUUUCUCCAAACAUGAAUAAAUUAACUGCAAACGCUC